GAUUAUUGUCCUGAAACAAUACAUGGAAGAGAUAGUUUACAUAUAGUGACACAAAUAAUCAUACAAAAUCCAACAAACUAUAUUCACCAACAACCGCCAUCUUCUACACCAGUACAUAUAAAAUCGAUCAAUGACAAAGCAGAACUAAUCAAUCGUCCACGUCAACGCAACUAUAAUAGUGUAUCAACACCACAACAUUCCACAAUAUCACCCAUACACAACAAUAGCGUACAAACAACGACAACAAUACACCAAUAUCAUCAAUAUGAAAAAUUUAUCGAUUUAUCGACACAAAAUUGUUUGUUUGGUUAUCGUGUCGUUCAGUAUUAUUCAUACGAACAAAAACAAUUAACUCCAUUAUUAUGCGGUUUUUUUAGCUCAUAUCUAAUUCACAAAAAGCAAGAAAAACAUAAAAUAACGUACUGUUCUCCCAUCAAUGAAUCACCAACCUCAAGAGAAGCAGCUCUGGCUAUUCUAAAAACCACAAAAUCGCAACUAAUCGAUUCUGGACUUCAAAAACAAGCAAUUAUUAUAAUGGAUGAAGGAAUGUAUCAGGCGGUGAUAAAAGUGAAAGACCAACAACCAAAAGAAUUUCAAGAUGUUUUUAUCUUAGCUGGAGAUUUUCAUGCACUUAAAACUUAUAUGAUAAUGGUCUGGAAGGUGCUGGCAGGUUCUGGUAUUCAUGAACUAUUGGGAAAUAUUUACCAAGGAGCCACACUCCGAUCAAUUUUAGAAGUGACAAAUUUUAAUAAAUCAUUGCGUGCUACUAAGUUAUUAUACACGGCUUUGAGUAUUUUAUGUAUUGAAAAUUUUAUAACAUCUACAUCAGCGUUAUCAUCAUCCCAAUCAAUUCCAUCCACAUUUGAUCAGUUACCAUCGUAUUAUGCUACGGAUGAAAAAAAAAAACAAUGGUUUACUAGCCUGUUAGAAAUAAUACAUCGUUCCAAUCUGCAAGAAAAAUAUCAUGAAUAUUCGACAACUACGUCAUCGACUAAUAUACAUUUCAAAUUUUGGUAUUAUAUAUUGAAUCAACUUUUCCAACCUUGUAUCGAAUUAUUAGUUGCUGUUCGUACACAAAAUUUUAAUGCAAGAAAUGCAGCCUGGAGUAAAAUGGUGCCGAUGUUCUUUGCAAAUAACCGGUUCCGAUAUGCCAAAUUAGGUGCUAGAAAUCUGGCGGAUCUUCAGACAAUGUCUGAUGAUCUCUUACAACAUUUGACAAGAUCCUUUGCGGUACAAAGGAGCGAUCGUGCAUUCUCAAGCAUUCCUGUUGACCAGGCACUCGAAUGUUCAAUUAAUCGACUAGGCAAAGGAAGAAGCGGUAUUACUGGCCGGUUUAGUCCACAAGCAGUAGAUCGAUUUUGUAAUACGUUAGUCUUUCGUACAAUGAUGCAUUCUAUUAUAAAUGAAAUAGCUGAUAUAGAAACACGAACAAAUUCAAUUGAUGCUCAUAUAGAAUGUCAACAAAGUCGAAUGGAACUGGACAACCAUGACUUAAAAU